CAGCGUCAGCCCCGCAAAGCGCGUCCUCCCGCCGACGUCUGCGAGUGCGUGGCCCGCGCGGCCAGAACGUGGCGUGGACGUCGGACGUUCUUCCGGAGGAAGUCCGCGUCCUGUCCUCGUCCUUGGUGCGCGGGCUGGCUGCCAUUGUUGGGGUCACUGAGGAGAGUGAUUGCGCCUGGGAGCCCAGGGCCCACCACACCCAGUCCUUCUGUGCCCAGAGUUAACCGCAGACCCUCCUCUUGGCAGCAUCCAGAGAGAAAAAUACCCAUCUUCCUAGAAUAUGGCAGGUAAGAAAGUGCUCAUCGUCUACGCGCACCAAGAGCCCAGGUCUUUCAACGGGUCCUUGAAGGACGUGGCGGUGGCUGAACUGAGCCGGCAGGGCUGCACUGUCACCGUUUCUGAUCUCUAUGCCAUGGACUUUGAGCCGAGGGCCACAAGGAAAGAUAUCACUGGCGCCCUCUCCAGCCCCGAGUUCUUCAGCUACAGUGUGGAAGCGUACGAGGCCUUCAAGAAGAGGUCUCUGACCAGCGACAUAAUCGCGGAGCAGAAGAAGGUUCAGGAGGCCGACCUAGUGAUGUUUCAGUUCCCGCUGUACUGGUUCAGCGUGCCGGCCAUCCUGAAGGGCUGGAUGGACAGGGUGCUGUGCCAGGGCUUUGCCUUCGACAUCCCGGGAUUCUAUGACGACGGCCUCCUCAAGGGUAAACUGGCCAUCCUGUCCUUAACCACGGGCGGCACGGCCGACAUGUACUGGAAAACUGGAGUCAGCGGAGACUUCCGAUACUUCCUCUGGCCCCUCCAGCACGGCACGCUGCACUUCUGUGGAUUUAAAGUCCUUGCCCCUCAUAUCAGUUUUGCUCCUGAAUUUGCAUCAGAAGAAGAAAGAAGGGGGAUGGUGGCCUCCUGGGCGCAGAGACUGAAGACCAUCUGGAAGGAGGAGCCCAUCCCCUGCUCGCCCCCCUGGUACUUCGGGCAGUGACCUCGGGGCCACGCUGGGAGGUGCUGGUGUGUGUAAUAAACGACGGCACGACAGAGCAGCAGGUGUGUGGGGUGAUGUGACUGUGUCUCCAGGGUCCUGUAGGCCGACUCGCGGCUCCCGUCACCCGCUGCUUGUCCCGGAUUCUCUCCUGACAGAUGUCCGUAUUCUCCCAGGCUUUCUUUUCAUUUCUAAUAUUUUUCCAUCCCCCUGUCUUCAGCCUUCGCGGGUAGUGGUGUUUUUCUGUGGUUUUCCUGGCUUGCAACUGGAUUUGUUAGGUUUUGUUUUGUUUUAUUGCAUAACUCAACUUGAAUUUCCGUUUUCAUAGAAAGGUGAAGUCUGUUCA